GCUUCGAUUCACAGAAUGUUUUCUUUCUUCGAUUUUGACGAUGGCUUUCGACAACGUAGUUGGUUCACGUCGUGAAGGCAUCCUCAACCUAGGGCUUUUGCGUCUUGGCCCGUGCGCGGCUGUGGGAAAUACAUGCUCUGUCAGUCACGCGGCGUGACCACUUCGACCGCGAACGUCUCUGUCUAUCAACGACCUUUGGCCGACCUACCAUCCUUUUUCUACGCUCUGGUUAUCAAUAGCUUAACCAUCUUUGAUGUCCCAAUCUCCUGCUGCACCCGUUAUGCCGCAAAUAAUGGCAGAUCCCAAUGGCGAUAUCGUUAACGGGUCGUAUUAUCCAGAGAACGACCUUACGGGAGGCCUACCAAUCAACCUAGACUCUCUGAGAGAUGGACCUCCAGGAAGCAAGCCAUUCUAUCCAUAUUCGACGCUUAUUCGUUACGCUAUCAAAGGCUCGCCAAAUCAGAAGCUACUCCUUGAAGAUAUUUAUUACGCCAUUGAAUCUCGGUUCCCUUAUUUCAGAACUGCGCCGAAUGGAUGGAAAAAUUCCGUGAGACACAAUCUGUCUCUGAACCCGUGUUUUGAGAAGGUACCUCGUCCGCUCACCGACCGUGGCAAAGGCUCUUACUGGACGGUCAACGACAAUGUUGAUCCUCGUACGGGUGUUCAUCGUGUUCGGAAGAAGAAGGGACCGAAGGGCAAGGGACGUAGCUCAGAAGAGCCCGAUGUCGACUACCAUCCAUCUGAAAGUUUCGAGCCCAGUCCUCAGUAUAUCCCUGCACCGAUUCCUGCAGAUACUGCUGACCCAAACCGACCGCAAUUCACACCCUACCCUCCUCCUCCAUUUGACCCACAUUUCCCGAUGAUGAGCAUGCGUUUUCCAGUGGUUGGUGCUAUGCCGAUGUCUCCCGAUGAGUCUUUCGAUGUCGACGAGAACGGUAACGUAGAUUGGCGGCUGGCCUGGUUGAAGGAGAUCGGUCACUUGCAGCAGGUUACGGCUGAGCAGGAAAAGGCUGGUGCAGAUCCAGAGUGGUACAGGAUGAUGCUAGUGCGGGUACGGACCGCGCUCAUGCCUCCCAUGAUGAAUCCUGAAGCCAUGCACAUGGCUCCCAUGGUCUCGCCGAACGGUACCGUCGACCCUUCUCAGCAAUCUGCACAACCUCAGCAACAGCAAUCUCAGUAAUGGUAAUUCAGUUUUGUGGCUCGGAUAUGGUAUGAUUCAUGGCUUCCAACUUUCAUGUCUGUAUGAUUAGUAUUUCACUGCUCACUGUUCCCAAUUUACCCUCCGCUUCACAGACGAUUUUCCUUGAACCUUUGUACUUAAUGUCAAUACCUCGAGUAAAUAAUCUUGUGUACAUAUAUAUUUCUGAAAGCGGAAUUUAUCAACGAGCGUCAA